CCACCGGAAGCGCCGCUGUGUUGCCGUUAGCUUUAGCCUCCGGAGCUAACCCCGAGUCCGGCUCAGCUGUGAAAAUGUUACCGCUCUCCAUCAAAGACGACGAGUACAAACCUGCCAAGUUCAACCUGCUGCUCAAGAUUUCGGGAUGGUUCAGGUCCAUUCUCGCAGACAAAACCUCCAGGAAUCUGUUCUCGUUCCUGUGCCUGAAUCUGUCCUUCGCCUUCGUGGAGCUGGCCUACGGGCUGUGGAGUAACAGUUUAGGUCUGAUCUCGGACUCCUUCCACAUGUUCUUCGACUGCACGGCGCUCCUGGCCGGACUCGCCGCGUCGGUGAUCUCGCGCUGGAGAUCCAACGACAGCUUCUCCUACGGAUACGUGAGAGCCGAGGUUCUGGCCGGAUUCGUGAACGGGCUGUUUCUCAUUUUCACGGCGUUUUUCAUUUUCUCUGAAGGAGUCGAGAGAGCUCUGGAGCCUCCGGACGUGCACCACGAGCGGCUGCUGCCCGUCAGCGUCGCCGGGCUCCUGGUCAAUCUGGUCGGAAUUGUGUUUCAGCACGGAGGCCACGGACACUCGCACGGAGGAGACGCAGGUCACGGUCACAGUCACUCCCUGUUUAACGGCCUGAGCCACGGCCACAGCCACUCGGAGAAACACUCACACGGAGGAGGACACGGAGGACACGGAGGACACGGAGGACACGGAGGACACGGAGGACACGGAGGACACGGAGGACACGGAGGACACGGAGGACACGGAGGACACGGAGGACGGGGACACGGGCACAGUCACGCAGGAGCAGACGGCCACUCACACGACCAUCACGAGAAACACGGACACGCGCACGACCACGGAGGACACAGCCACGACGACCACCAGUGCCACGACGAACCUCUGACACCGGGAAAAGGCUCCAGCAAACAGAUUCUACAAGGCGUCCUGCUGCACAUCAUCGCAGACACUCUGGGCAGUAUCGGAGUCAUUAUUUCAGCCAUUCUGAUGCAGAAAUACGACCUGAUGAUCGCAGACCCCAUCUGCUCCAUGCUCAUCGCUCUGCUCAUAGGAGUCAGUGUGGUGCCUCUGCUCAAAGAAUCUAUCGGCAUCCUGAUGCAGAGAACCCCCCCGUCUUUAGACCACGCCCUCCCCGAGUGCUAUCAACGAGUGCAGCAGCUCCAGGGCGUGUAUAACCUGCAGGACCCUCACUUCUGGACCCUGUGCACGGACGUUUACAUCGGCACCAUCAAACUCCUGGUGUCUCCAGACGCAGACACCAGAUGGAUACAGAGCCAAGCGCACAAUAUAUUCACACAGGCGGGCGUCCGGCAGCUCUACGUUCAGAUCGACGUCGCCGCCAUGUGAAGCUCCGCCCCCCCUUCCUCCCGUUGGACCAAAGCCUGACCUUUGACCCGCGCUGAGCCGGGGCGGGGCCGGACUCUCGGGAGGUCACGUGAUCGGGUGGGAGGGGCUUAAACUGUGACGGACUCCGAGGCUCCUCCCACUCUCCCGUUUCUGUUCCCGUUUGACGCAGGAACGAGUUUGGAUUUUUAAAGCGGCGACGUCGGGAGAAAAUCUGAAAACGUGAACGGAAGUCGACGAGAAAAAAACAGAUUUUAAUUGAGACAUAAAGUGAAUAUUUUUAUUUCAGUCUAAUUUUCAUCUUUUUACUUAAGAUUUCUUUUUUUUUUUUUUUUUUUACUUCAGAAACUUCUCGAGUCUUUUCUAAAACACGCACACAUUUAAACUGUACGAAGUGUCUUGCCCAAGGACA